GGGACGGCAUGGCGGCCAAGAUUCUGAAGUAUGCAGCAGUUCCUGCUGCUGGUGCUGUGGUGGGUUUGGGUUCCAUCAGAAUUUAUACCAUGAGUGAAAACAACAGCGAGGAGCUUAUCUCACCAAGAGAGUUGUCUAUCUACUCCCCAGAUCGUCCUGCUGUGCAGUUUGUGAAAGAGCAACCUGGUCUCCUGCAGACGGGACUAGGGGUUGUGAGGGUGGGCCUGCAGCCGUAUGUCAGAGCUGUGCAGAGCGGUUUCUAUUCUGUCAAACUUGGAGUUAUAUCCGUUUACCAGGCAGGGGAAGACACAUACCACUUUCUUCGAGAUCCACCACCUGGCUUCCUGUCUAGAGUGAGUGUCAUCACUGUGUCUGGAUUGGGUGGCCUUAUUCUGGCACGCAAGGGCUCUCGUUUAAAGAGGAUUGUUGUACCUCUUGGUCUGGCUACCAUUGGUACUGCAGUGUGUUACCCCACACAGACUGUUGGAGUCCUUAAGAUCACUGGGAAAAGGGUGUACACUCUCAGUUCAUCUAUUGCCUCUGUGUUUAAAUCUAAACCAAAGGAAGACAUCAUCAUGCCUGCUGUUAGUGUGGAGUCAGCUGUGCCUGUAACUAAAGCACUUCCUGAACUCAUACCUGAGUCUGAGCUGGCACCUGCUGUUUUAAUUGAGGAAGUUACAUCAAUAUCAGAAGUUGCCCCAGCAGCUGCUUCUGCUCCAGUAGCUGAUUUUGUGUCAGAAGUUACCUCAAAUGAAUCUGCCUCUGUGCCAGAAGUUGCAGAACUACCUUCUGUUGUUGAAGUAGCAUCUGAAAUGGUCUCGGCCUCUGAACCUGAAACUACCCCAGAUACAGAAAUUGCCACUACAGAUAUUACCCCUGAACCUGCUCUUGAAACCGUCUCAGUUGUAGAACCUACUCCUGAGCCUGUUGCCGAAGCUGCCCCAACUGCAGGUAUUACCCCUGAACUUGCUCUUAAAACUGCCUUAGCCACUAAAUCCUCCCUUGAACCCAUUGCUGAAACUGUUCCAACUGCAGAUAUUACCCCUGAACCUGCUCUUGAAACUGCCUCAGCAACAGAAACCACCCUUGAGUCUGUUUUUGAAACUGACCCAAAUGCAGAUAUUACCCAUGAACCUGCUCUUCAAACUGCCUCCGUUGCUGAAACCACCCCUGAGCAAGCAGCAGAAAUCACACCUGAAUCUGCCACCGAGUCUGUAGUAGAAGCUGCCCUAGCUGCAGUAAUCACCUCUGAACCUCCUCUUCCAGAGCCUGUAGUUGAAACUGCCCCCGAGGCAAUACCUGCUGACUUUAUUGUAGACAAUGCUCUUCAAUCUACCCAUGAGCCAACAAUUUUUGCUGAAACUGUCCUAGAAGCUGAUGUUAGUCCUGUUAUGGAAGCUGCCCCUGCUAGUCCAGAACUUGAAGUCCCUGCACCCACAAUUGAAGAUCCUACCCCACCUACAGUAUAUGAGGAACCUGUUUCCAUCACAUUGCCCCCUGUUGAAGAAGCCAUUCUGCUUGAACCUCCCCCUACUGUUGUCAAACAAUCAACAGCUGAAGAGGUCCCAAUCCCUGUUCAAGAGGCCACACCCCACGCCCCCACAGUUAAAGAACCUCCUGUAGAACAGACUGUUGUUGAGCCAGCCAAAGUGAAAACACACUUUGUUCCGAACCCUGCUCUACUCGAUCACGGCCAGGCUAAUCCAGAGGACGCAGACAUGUACAGCACACGAAGCUGAAAGAUGAUGGAAGAAUUCAUGGAAAGGGGGGGAAUGUUAUGACAUUUUAAGGAUGUGCCAUGAUUCCAGCUCUGUUUGAUUGUGGUUCAGAUGAUCGUGCUUUACCAAUGAUGCGAUGUGGAAGUUACUGUUAUGUGAUUCUUUUUUUGUGACGUCUCACUCUUGAGAUGUUUCUUACCUCAGCAGCAGGGAUAUUAAACACACAGGGCAAUAUUUGUGUUAACUCACUUUUUUACUUUGUGUUUAGUACCUCUUUCUCAGCAUGAAACUAUGGAGGAAUAUUAUAAUCCGAGGAACAUCCAGGGUUAUUUUAAUAAAGUUGAUCAUUCUGACCUUUAUUUCCUGUAGGAACAGAAAACUUGUGCUAAUUUUGUGCUGUGAAAAAGAAAAUUACAUAAGAAACUGGACCACAACAAAAACGUAUUUUUAUAUGAACAAAAACAGUGGUAGUAUACAUCUGUAUUUUCUAAAAUACAUUUUACUGGGGUAACACAAUAUUGAAACUGUGAAUUUAUUUAAUAGUUGAAAAAGUAUUACUAAUAUGACUAUAGUAAAAUAAUCUAUGUAGUUAUGUCUGUCAAAGAGUUCCAAACCACUUACAGAAAACUAUACCAUUAAAGAUAAAAAAACAAGACUCCUUGAUAAAUGCUUUUCAGUUGUGGGAUGCACUGCCCAGCAUAGUUUUGGACACAGUAUAUCAGUAUUUAACUUUUUUUUGUCUUAUGAAACUUUAUGGCCUAUCAUGCCUUUGUGCAACAGAGGAGCAUCAGAUGAAAAUAAAAAUAAA